AUGUUCGAGAAUCUCAGUCUCCGAAUUCCAUAUCCUCCACCGCAAGAAGGAUUUUGGGGACAGCCAACUUCAACCCUGAACUGGUGCGAGGAAGUCAGUUAUUUCCAACAUCUUGGGCACCACAAUUCUUUAUCCAUUGGUUCAUACCUGAUACCUAUUCCAGGACUAUGUCAUCAGCCAUUACGCUGCCGAAAUAACCAACACAUUGACCAACGCUUUAUUCAUUGCGCUUGGCAUUCGGGGAGUGCGGAAUUGCGUCAAGUACAAACACGACACGGUAUUUAUUUUCGCGUACCUGGGCUAUUUGUUGAUCCAAUGCAGCUCGUGGAUGAGCUUUCCAUGAUCUAUACAACUUCUAUUCUCUGUUAUGCAAUAUUUACACACGACAGGUCUCGAUUGUUCUCGCUAUUCCUGGGGAUCGGACUCGUUGUGCUAUCACUCUCAAUCACGGUACCAUAUUAUCACUACAUUCAAGACCCUGCCUUUCACCAAAAUGCCUUUACCAUUCUUUUUCUCACAACAGUGUUCCGAAGUCUGUACACGAUGGAAGCGAUUUUGCGUCCUACGUUGAAUGACAAAUACGCAAACAAUUCCUGCAAAACUCUGCUCUCAAAUGGAAAAGAAUCAGGUUCCCCCAUACCAAGUAAUCAGGCUAUAAUCCAAGAGAUGCGAUGGAUUGUGGCCAUGGGUUUCAUUACCUGUGCAGCUGGUAUUGCUGCCUGGCAAUUUGACAACUUACGCUGCAGUGAUCUCGUCCGAUGGAGGCAUCAAGCGGGGCUGCCAUGGGGUAUUCUCCUUGAAGGCCAUGGGUGGUGGCACCUGAUGACUGGGCUGGGAGUGAACUAUUUUAUCACCUGGGGUAUUUGGCUCAGGCACUGCUUGAACGGCUUGCACGAUCAGUACAUCUUGCACUGGCCACAAAAGCUCUUAUCGCUUCCGAGUGUGGUCUCAUCGCUUCAGCACCGAAGAGAUCAAAACCUACAGCAUGCAACGACUGUUGCCUUGCGGGAUUUUAGAUUGGAAAAGAAGGAGCUUCAGUCGCACGUUAUCUAA